AUGGCCUCGUUUCGCAUAGCGUGUUUGGUUGUGUUGUUGGUUUUGGUGGCGGGGCCGGUAGCAGUUUGGGGUGGAACGGUGGCGCUGACCCACAGAGGGGGACGUUUGCUGACCGGAAACUUGAACAUUGGCAUCUUAUGGUAUGGUGCAGUUACGGAAAAACAAAAGCAAGCUGUCCAUUCAUUUUUGAAUUCUCUGAACCCGAGUGGUGGAGAUGGUGAGCUUCAAGUGUCGUCAUGGUGGCACGUGGUGGAGAGCUAUCAAGCAUACACUAAGACGGGGGGUGGCAAAGGAAGCCCCACGAUCACAGUAAAGGUGGUGAAUGAACAGUACGACCCAAAUUACUCAUUGGGGAAAGUGUUGAUCAAAGAUUUCAUCAAGAAGCUCAUGCCAAAAGCAACUGGUGGAAAGCCAAACACGCUGGCUCUCUUCGUAGCGUCCAAGGGUGUGACCGUCCAAGACAUGUGCGCUGGAUCAUGCGCCCAGCACGGUCUCAUAGAGGAACAGCCAUACGUGGCAGUAGGGGACCCAGAAGAAGAGUGCCCCGAAUGUGCCUGGCCAUUCCUUGAAGCGCCAGGAAUAUCCGUGAAACCGCCCAGUGGGGAAGUGGGCGCCGAUGCCAUGGUCAUGCUGCUCGCCGGUGGCUUGGCAGGAGCAGUCACAAACCCUUACGGGGAUGGCUUCUAUGCUGAUGCCCGUGGAGACGACAUCCUUGAAGCCACCAGCGUCUGCUCUCACAUCUUAUCAGCCCAACAAGCAAGAUUACCUGUUGACCCUGCCACUGGCGGUGCCUAUAAUGCCAAAGGCGUCUCUGGAACUAAGUUCUUUCUCCCUGCUAUUUGGAAUCCUAAAACAUCUUCCUGCUGGACUCCUCUCUAA